CUUCCCGGAAGAGGCGGCCUGGGCGGGGGAGCUCGGCACGGAGGCCGCAGGCUGGAUGUGGUGUCAGCUGUUCCUGCAGCGCUGCAGGGGAGGUCUCCACCUCUUCCCCCACACCCAGAGAGGGGUCCAGAUCCAGGGACGGCACUUGGUCACCAUGAAGCUGGAGUCUCCGGAAUUCCAGUCUCUCUUCACCCCAGGGCUGAAGAGUGUGGCAGAGUUAUUUGAAAAGGAAAAGUAUGAAUUAAGAAUAGCUGGAGGUGCUGUCAGAGAUUUAUUAAAUGGAACGAAACCACAAGAUGUGGACUUUGCCACCGUUGCUACGCCUACUCAGAUGAAGGAAAUGUUCCAGUCUGCUGGUGUUCGUAUGAUAAAUAACAAAGGAGAAAAACAUGGAACCAUUACUGCCAGGCUCCAUGAACAGAACUUUGAAAUUACCACACUUAGAAUUGAUGUAGUCACUGAUGGACGACAUGCAGAGGUGGAAUUCACAACUGACUGGGAAAAAGAUGCUGAAAGAAGAGAUCUUACAAUCAACUCUAUGUUUUUAGGUUUGGAUGGCACGCUUUUUGAUUAUUUCAGAGGUUACGAAGACUUAAAAAACAAGAGAGUCAGAUUUGUAGGACAUGCAAGCCAGAGAAUACAAGAGGAUUAUUUACGAAUACUGAGAUAUUUCAGGUUUUAUGGAAGAGUAGCAGAAAAGCCUGGUGACCAUGAACCUAAUACUCUGGAAGCAAUUAAGAAAAAUGCCAAAGGUUUGGCUGGAAUAUCAGGAGAGAGGAUUUGGGUGGAACUGAAAAAAAUUCUUGUUGGAAACCACAUAAAUCAUUUGGUUCGACUUAUGUAUGAACUCGAUGUUGCCCAUUAUAUAGGAUUACCUGUUAAUGGGAGUUUAGAGGAAUUUGACAAAGUCAGUAAAAAUGUUCAGAAUCUGUUUCCAAAACCAAUGACCGUUCUAACAUCACUGUUCAAGGUGCAGGAUGAUGUCAUAAAACUCGAUUUGAGGCUGAAAAUCUCAAAAGAAGAGAAAAACCUUGGCCUUUUUAUAAUGAAGCAUAGAAGAGACUUAAUCAAAGCUAUAGAUAGUCCAGAACCACUUAAACCAUAUCAAGACUUCAUUAUAGAUUCUAGGGAACCUGAUAUGAACUCCAGGAUCUGUGAGCUUCUAAAAUACCAAGGAGAAGAGCAUCUUCUAAAGGAAAUGCAAGAGUGGUCUGUCCCUUCUUUUCCUAUCAGUGGCCAUGAUUUAAGAAAAAUGGGAAUUUCUUCUGGAAAGGAAAUUGGAACAGUGUUACAGCAGUUAAGGGAUCAAUGGAAGAAGAGUGGUUACCAAAUGGAUAAAGAAGAACUCUUAACGUGUGUAAAGAAGGUGUAAAAUCUAAGAGUAGUGGGGUUUGAUGAUAAUUUAGUAAUGCACAUAAUUGUAUUUACCUUGUUACAGGAAGAAUCAAAAUAUUUGUAAAUAUAAUGCUACUAUCAGCCAAUACUGCAUUUGAGUUUAAGAUUUUUAGGCGCAGAAUUGUUUCAUGUUCAAAAUUCAUACUAUGCUCUGAAUGCAGGAGUUUAGCUGUGCAGAUUUCUGCCAAUCUGACUGAAAACCCUACCUCUGUUUGUUCUGUUUAAAUGGUAAAUAAUUGAUACUUCGGGGGUUUUUUAUCUCUUGUGUUCCUAAUGGCAAGUAGAGGUGACACAAGGAUUUUUGAUAUUCUGACUUAGCUACAGCCAAGGUGAAUGACUUCUGUGCUCCAGUUAAAAACCUCUUUAAUGCAUUAUUUUUUGUAGUCAAAGCUGAGUAUCAGAUUGAAAGGUUCAGUUCAACAGUUCCCAAACAAAUGAUAUCCUAUCAUAUGAAACAACCCUGUUUUCCUAAAGGUUUUGGUUUUUAUCUUAAUUCCAAAAUCAACUUUAGAUUAAACGGAUGACUAGUCUAAAUCAAUAUCAUCAGUAUCUACUUGGGUAUAAGUACUUUUUAUGUCUUGUGAUUUUUUCAAUCAUUUGUUUCUCAUUUUACAAGUAUACAAAAUUUUGGAGACCCUCUGCCCUUUUUCCUAAAAUAUAUUUUAAUUUUUGUACAUGAAAUGAGGAAUAUUAAAGUGUAACAUGUAACCACUGAAAACUAAAGCAGAUCCAGAGCA